CAAAGGUAAACACGAGUGUGUCAGUGUGUGUGUGACAGCAUAGCCAAAGAAGCGCGAAAGUAAGACGAUGGCCGAUACCGCAGCAACCGAAGUACCGACUGCAGCAGCAGCUGCCCCAGCAACCGUGGCCAAGUCGCCGAAGAAGCCCAAGGCGGCAGGCCCCAAGAAGCCGAAGCAGCCGGCGGCCCAUCCUCCGGUGAACGAGAUGGUGCUGGCCGCUGUGAAGGCACUGAACGAGCGCAACGGAUCGUCGCUGCAGGCGAUCAAGAAGUACGUGGCGGCCAACUACAAGGCCGACGUGACGAAGCUGGCCACCUUCUUCAAGAAGGCGCUGAAGAGUGGCGUCGCCAGCGGCAAGCUGGUCCAGACCAAGGGUACCGGAGCGUCGGGCUCGUUCAAGCUGUCGGCCGCCGCCAAGAAGCCCGUGGUAGAGAAGAAGAAGAAGGCAGCGGCACCGAAGAAGUCUGCGUCCGCCGGGGACAAGAAGAAGAAGACCGCGGCCAAGAAGCCGGCCGGUGAGAAGAAGGCAGCCGCCAAGAAGACCACCAAGAAGGCAGAGGGUGCCGUAGCCAAGAAGCCAAAGACGGCCGCUGCCAAGAAGCCCAAGGCCGCCGACGGUGCGAAGAAGGCCGCCAAGAAGCCAGCAGCAGCACCCAAGCAGAAGGCUACGAAGCCAACCAAGGCCGCAGCCGCCAAGCCGAAGGCACCGAAGCCAAAGAAGGCAGCAGCUCCCGCCAAGAAGGCCGCUGCCCCGAAGAAAGCCGUCGCACCGAAGAAGGCAGCCGCCCCGAAGAAAGCCGCAGCCAAGAAGUAAAGGGCUACUUCUACAUCGUGACGCUGUUCCGGGCGCUCUCUAGUCCUGCAGUUCCAUCGUUCAUGCAACAGUCCUUUUCAGGACUAC